AUGGCCGGUGAAAUGGAAAAACCAUUAGUAAUAGGAAAAUCAGCAAAGCCUCGAUGUUUCAAAAAUAUUGAUGUAGAAAAAUUGCCAGUUUCAUGGUACUCUAACAAAAAGGCUUGGAUGACUGGAAGUCUGGAAGUAUUAUGGAAGAUUGAGAACACUGCCGGAGUGAGAAACCUGACUGUCAAACAGAGUCUGCCGUGUGACAAGGCCAAAAUAAGCUUGUGGGAGCAGCGGAACGGGUGUCUACUGCCGGAUGACGUCAGGUCGUUUUACGCAUCGUGUGACGGGUUCAAGUUGACUUGGUCGUACAGAGUCGAAGGCAUCACGUCUGACGUUCCGGCUGCUGCCAUCAGCGGCGCAUCCAACUUGCCCAUCGGAAACAUCACCGUGAACCCGCUAUCCGAUCUGGUUCGGCUGUGCGACGUCAAAUCGGAUACGGUCAACGUAAACGUGAUGCGUGACCUGCAGCUGCUGGACCGGCUGUCCGACAGGAACACGCCGGACUUCACGGAGAACUCGAAGAUAUUCGAGCUGGACUCGAGCUUGGACGUGGGCCACGUGUGCCUGGUGUACCUCGACGGCCGGGCGGCGGCGGCGGCUAGCCGGCCGGAAGAGCAUCCGCGUGAAGAGCCCAGCGGAGCGUCGGUCUGGCUGCUGGACACCACGUACCGCUGGCAUUUGCUCGCCCCGAACUUCAGCAACUAUUUCAGAAAAGCACUGGUGCACAUGGGCCUGCCCCACUGGCAACUGAAAUUCACUGACAUGGGACUCACAUCUAUCGGCGAGUUUUUCAUGAAUUUGGUGGCCCCUCAAUUGAAUGUGGCUGAUCGAGUUCCUGUAAUUGGCCAAUUGGACGACGAUGAACAGUCUACCACAGAUAACGCACCGCUAAACCACUUUGAUCCUAGUAUUUUAAAAACCACGUUCAAAAUGUCCAAAAGUAAAAAAAAUGCAAUCAAAUAAGAGUUCCAGCUUGAACUGAGUUAUUUAUUUGUUCAUUUUGUUUAAAUGACAGUUAAUAUAAUAUAGCAAAAUAGCUUGA